UGUUUUUGUUGUUAUUCACAGAAAGAGAUCUAGAGAUUAGAUCUAUCUAGAUCUAUAGUCUUAUCCGUUGGAACGUAAUGCACAAUUUUUCAUUAUGUUUCAACGCUGCUAAAUUUAUUACGUUAAGAGUAUUAGUAAAGCAAAAUCAAGUUUCUUUUUUAAAUAAAUCUAAUUUUAAUUCAUUUUCGUCAUUAUUCUUUCGUAGAAUGGCGGACCAUAAAGAUAUAAAAGAUGAGAAAGUCAGUCAAGUCAGUGAUUUAAUUUUGAGCGAUACUGAAAAUGAAAGUAAAAAUUAUAAUAAAGAAAAAAGCUUAGAAAUAGAUCCAGAUCUAGCCCAAAAUAUUUCAAACAUUUCUCAUGAUGAAGAUAGAGGAAUAAGCGAGAAUGGUGAUGGAAAUUAUUAUAAAGGAGCCAGUUCUUCACCACCGUUUCAAGGAAUUGAAGAAAAGCCAAGUGUCACUUCAACUUGUGAGGAAAAAAACGAAAAACCUCCAUUGCCUCCAUCUAUCACUGACACAUCAAAUAAAUCUAGAUCUAUUUUAUCUGAAUACAGACAUGAAACUAAAAAUUUUAGCAAUGAUGACAUUGACAGUAGUGAAAAUAACCGAUCUGGCAAGAAAGAAAAAUAUCAAGUUGAAAAAGAAAAGUAUUUGACCUUGAAUCCUGAGGAAAAACGUAAACAGUACAAGUGUAAGAAAUACAUGACAUUGGAAGAAAUUCAAACCUGGCCUUCAUAUUUCCAAGAAAAUUUAUAUUUUUUUGAGAAACACUGCCCAGUUGAAGAGACCAGCAACUUUGAAGUAAGACCUGAUCUGAAUGAAAAAAUUUCAUCUCUCCGUGUUGAUAUCACAAGUCUGGAAAUAGAUGCCAUUGUCAAUGCUGCUAAUGAAUCCUUGCUCGGUGGUGGAGGAGUUGAUGGAGCUAUUCACAGUGCUGCUGGCCCAUAUUUGGUCCAAGAAUGUGCAACACUCAAUGGCUGUCAGACUGGAGAAGCCAAAAUAACUGGGGGGUACAAACUUCCAUCCAAAUAUGUAAUACACACUGUUGGACCCAGGGGAGAGAAACCAAAAAAGCUAGAAGAAUGUUACAAGAACUCUUUGGAUCUUUUGAAAGCAAAUAAUCUGAAAUCUAUUGCAUUCCCUUGCAUAUCUACUGGGAUAUUUGGCUAUCCCAAUGAAAGAGCUGCAAAGGUUGCUUUGAACACAAUUAGGCAAUGGCUUGAAACAGAAGAAUAUGGGGCAAAGGUUGAUCGUAUCAUACUGUGCCUUUUUCUACCCAAAGAUGUAGAUAUCUACAACAAAUAUUUACAAGUGUACUUCCCAAUUAAAAAGCUCAAAGACUCAGCCACAGAUGUAGUACCAGAGUUAACAUCAUGUCAUACUAAAGGCACAACUUCUGGUGCUACUAUUGGUAAAGAUGCUGAAAAUGCUAAAGAUACAACCACAAGACCUAGGGAAGGUACAAAUUCAGAAGAAACUUCAAGUUCUACUAAAAAUAAAGAUUCAAAUGCUCUUGGCGACAUCACUUCAAGUUCUGCCAAAAAUAAUUUAAAUGUCCCUGAUGAAACCAUGUCAAGUUCUGCCAAAAAUAAAAAUUCCAAUGCUCCCAAGGACACUUUAAGUUCUUCAAAAAAAAAAAGUUCAAAAGCUCCAGAUAACACCACUUCAGGUUCUGGCAAAAAUACAAAUUCAAAUGCCCCUGAUAACACCACUUCAGGUUCUGCCAAAAAUAAAAAUUCAAAUGCUCCCAAGGACAACACUUUAAGUUCUCCAAAAAAAAAAAAUUCAAAUGCCCCUGAUAACACCACUUCAGGUUCUGCCAAAAAUACUAAUUCAAAUGCUCCCAAGGACAAGACUUUAAGUUCUCCAAAAAAAAAAAGUUCAAAUGCUCCUGACAACACCAGCUCAAGUUCUGCCAAAAAUACAAAUGUAAAUACUCCUGGGGACACUACUUCAGGUUCUAGAAAAGAUAAAACUUUGGGUGCCAGUAAAGAAGGACCCUCUGUUGAUACUGCAGAAAAAGAUCCAGGUACUAUCUGUGGUCGUAAGAUGUUUAUUCUAUUACCCUGUUCUGUUUUGAUGUUGGCUUUCUCCUUAUACUAUUUUGAUUUUCAAUGUUUUGUGAAUCUUUCUUAAAUUUAACUUAUUUUAAUAUAACUAUUUAACUUUUGAAUUACUUUAUCAUUGUAUAUAUUUAUUUUUUAUAUAACUAAUGUCAUGCUGGAAUGUGUAAUAUUAAGUGAUUAGAAAAUAACAAUAUUGUUUCUAGAUGGAACAAUAUAGUCAAAUCAUUUGUAGUACUAAUCCAACUUACACUUUGUGUUAUAUUAGAAUACUGCAUUUCUUUGUGCAAUCAAGAAAUAAACUAAAAUUAUUCUAACAUUCUAAAAUCUGCUUUGUUUGUUUAAAGAAAUAGCUGACAGCAGCCAUUUCAGAUACUUAUGUUUGAUAUGGUUUUGUUGUGUUAUCAUGUUCUUUUUUUUUUAGUAGACUUUUACAUUUUGUUAUUUUUUAUUAUUUAUUAUUGCUAACAGCUUGUUAUUGAACUCUUGAUUUUAUAUUUCAUCAUUUUGUGUGCUUCAUUUUUUAAGACAAUAUCUAUGUCAGUGCCAUGUGUUGAACAGACCUGUACAUCUCUAGUAACUGAUGUAGCUAUUGAAGUGCUCAUUACAAUGGACAUUUUUUUCAUUGAGAUUUAGUGGUCAUUUGGGCGGAUGUUAAAAAGGCCAUCUAUUUCUGUGGCUAACAGUGAAUGGGGGUGUCAUGUGGUCAGCCAUUUGUUCAUCUUCACUUUCCCCCAAAAUGCCAUGUACAAAUUAGAGAUGGGUGAACUCAAGUUGUCCUAAUAAUCCAGCAAUCCCAAUCACUAAAGACCCCUUGCUAAGGAAGCCAAGAGCUUCAUCACACUGCUGGCUCACCCCAAAAGGUGCAUUUUUUUUUAUAUGUAUUAAGUGCUAAUCUCUGUAGUCCAGCUAUAGUUGAUGUAAAUAAACAGAAGAACUAUUUGCAAUAAAUAAAGUAACAUGAGAUUUGUUUCAACUUUUGAAAUCCUCAUUUGUCAUGUGGCAUGAAUGAUUGAGUCCACUGUGAGAGUCCAGCCUUGACUAAUAUUGAACAGUUGCCUAACAUCUAUUGGGGGAAAGUGAAAGUGUCUAGUCAGUGUGUUGUCUAUACAACAUUCUCAGUGGCAUUGCAAGAACAACCCGUGAAGGUGGCAUUCCUAUAGGUCUCAAAGAUAGCUUUUUUUUUUUCUUUACUGCUGUAUAUACAAGUUAAACCAACAGUUGCUGCAAUACAUCUUAACAUCUUAUGUAAUCUGUGAUUUUAAUCCAUUUCUUUAUUGAACCUUAUUAUUAUUAAUUAUUCUUAUAAUCAUUCUUACAAUUUCUGAUUUUUAAUAUUCAGUUCAUAAUUUAGUGUAAAUUUUAGUUUGAUAUAGUUAACUCCAUGCUUAAUAUUAUAUUUUUAGAUGCUUAUUUUGUAUUCAAUAAACCAAAUUUUGUGUAGUUUUGACUUUGCGACAAAGUUCCAUAAAGUGAAAGAAACCUAAUUUAACAUUUGCAGAACCUAAAGAGAAUAGUGAAGAGACAGAGAAACAGAAUGCUGAAAACAAAAAGUUGAGCUAAAAGGCUGGUUGUAUUGGAGUUUGAACUCUGUUUAGAGUAACUGGAUCUUAGAGACAAAUGUAUUUUAAUAUAACCUGGAAUUUACAUUUGUAAUACUUUUGUUUUCUUAUGUAGUUUUUACAUUUUAAAUUUUGUUUAUAAAUGAAUGUAAUAUUUUAUAAUAUAAUGUUAAAGAAUCAACCUAUGAGAAAAAAAUCUUGAAAAAUGUCAAAAGACUUCUCUGACUAUAUAAAGAAAAUUUUUUUUUUAGCAUGGCCAAUUUUUUUUUAUUGUUUGUUAUAUUACUAUUGCUAUUUUGGUUUUGGCCAUUUUCAUCCUCAAUGUGGAUUUACUUAUUUUCUAAAAUUAAAAUCUGUAAGUUGAAAUCAUUAUAAACUCUUUCUUUCCUAAUAGACAAUACCAUAGUUGAUUUGACCUCAUUAAAUUAAAUUAAUGUUUAAUUUUAUAAACUUUA